AUGUCGCCUCCCAAGAGGUCGGACCAGCACGCCGACGAGGACCUAUCGUCGGUCACCCCCAGCUCGAAGCGGCUCCGGCUCAAACGCACGCACGCAAGCACCUGGUGCGAGCAGUUCCAACUCGGCCCUCAGCAGCAGCAGCAGCAGCAGCAGCAGGACCCUGCUCGUCAGAGUGCCUUGAGGACGGUCGCAUUACUUCACUCCAUGACGCAUGAAACGAGGUGGUGAGUUGCCCCCUGUUUGGGGAAUGGGCCGCUGGCCUAUCGGACUGACCAACAUCCGCUCAUCUCGGUGGCAGCUCUCCGGCAUGGUCGUGCACCAAUCUCCUGGCCGUGCCUCUACCACCCAACUUUACCGGUCGCUCAUCCUCGUCUUCGUCCCCAUCCUCAACUUCAAACCGACUGGCUGUGCACCUCACCCACCUCGCAGUCAGCGCAUCGGCACCCCGACCUCGCCUCGACCUCUCCCUGUACCUUCCCCCCUCCUCAACACCCUCCCACAUCACGCACCUCUCCUUCUCCCCGUGUGGAGCCUACCUCCUCGUAUCCUCAACCUCGCACACCGGCGACAAGGCCGAUCGUUUGACCGUCUUUGAGCAGCUCGAAGGAUGCAUCGACGAAUGGGCGAUCCUCUGGCACGAGAGCUUGGACCGCUUCGGCGCGAACUCUUCUGAUCCGAACACGGCCAAGACGCUCGUCAAUACGAGGUGGAUAGGCGAACCCAAACAGGUGGGACCGACGAAGACGUGCGCGAUAGAUAGAGCCGAUCGUGCUGACGCUCCUGCUCUCCCGUUCCCACAAGUGGUGGCCAACAAGUCCAGAGCAAUCGACCUCGUCGAAACCCUUCUUCUCUACCCCACCUCGAUCGGCACCCAUACCGGGAUGCGCGUUCGUCGCUGUUCUCUCCAGCUCAGAGGUCGGUUCACGUUCUACGACCUGCUUUGCGGCUCUGUAUCACUAAACACUAAACUCUUCUCUGCUCCGCCCAGGCCCUCUUUGUGCACCUCCCCCGAAUGACCCCCAUGAUACCGCUCACCGCUCUCCUCCCCUUACGACCCUCGCCACCGCUGACCCAUCUCUCCCUCACCGCGCUCCCAACCGCCCCUUCCUACAUCCCCGGAGUCCCCGGUGCGUCCCCCUCCACCAACGCCGUCGAUUCCAUCGUCGCGAACCUCGUCGACGCCACUUCGAACCUCACCGUGCCCAACCCAACACUUACGUCCGGGCCCCAAGCUCUGAAACAAGAACUCGAAGCCGCUCAAGCGGGUGCCGCGUCGAAGACGGCAAUGAGGCAACGUCGAGUUGUUAAAGCGGCUUUAGGAACCGUCGGGGGUCCGUCGAUCAGCGACAAGACGGCGAUUGAAUUGGGGGAAACGACGUUCUUGAUCGCGACGAGCUGCAAGGCGAUUCAAGGCAAGAGUGGGAGGGUUAGGAAGCCCAAGAAUGAGAAAUCUGGAGAACAGGCGGCAACGACGGCGACGACGGCGACGGUUGUUCCUCCGACGGUGGCAGCGAGGGACUCGCCCGAUCCGGACGACGACGAGUUUGGACUGACCGAUUUCAAUGCUCUCGACGAAGCGUUUGGGAAUGGAUCCCCGAACAAGGUCGGUGCGGGAACGACGAAUGAAGAGGACGAGCAAGGUCUGAAAGGGGUUGAGGAAGGGGACGAGGUGUGGGAUGAAGGGGAAGAUGCGCAGGGGACGAUCGAGAUGAGUGAACUAAGGAUCGAGAUGGGGAUUGCGGCGGAGGGACCUCAAGUCACGUUGAGACCUUUGGCAUCGGUCUUUGUGAACGAGCCGCAUUCGGGCGAGCAGGAUGAUGGAGGAACAUUGCAAGGCGAGUUGGUGCAGCUCGAUUGGAUCGAACAGGUCGCUGGAGUGGUCAAUGGUCUGCAUUUACUCGCCGUAACGACGACGGUGUCCUCCUCCGACGAAUUGAACGGCAUGUCCGACCACGACGCCAAUCUCGUACCCACUCCGACAUCGACAUUGACGACCUGGUCCUUCUCGGAAGAGACUUACGUCCUCGCCGAAGCCUUCGCCUCUUUGGAACACAAGAAAGGCGAAGCCACGACAGGGCAAAAGGAAUGGAAUAGUCGGAGGAUGCAGAGCGUUACGAGGGAGGGGGUAGUCAGUUGCCUUGACGCGAGGCAUGCAAAGCUCAGAUUCGGGAGUGUAAUGAUCGGGGUGCAGGGGGGUGCAGAUGAAUUAGGGACACAAUUGAUUGUGCUGGAUUCAGAGACGUUGCAAGAGGUGUCGGGGAUGGUUCCGACGGUGUUGCAGAGGAAUGAUCGUAAGCAACAGAGUGCAGGAUUGUACUUUAGGCGUUGCCCGGCUGACUCGUGUAUGGGAUCAUUAUGAACAGUCUACUCCGAACUGGCAUUAUCAACUUUGAGUGCGCUCGUCUGCUCUCUACCAGUCGGCUCGGCUCGCUUCUUCCGACCUACGAUCUGCGCUCUCAAUCUUGGCGCCGUGGCGCAAGGUCAGCCACGUCCCACUCUGCGUUCUGCUCGGACAAUACACUGACGAUGUUGCCGCUUUCCUCAGACACUUCGACACUAUCAACGCGACUUGCGCUCUCGUUCGUUCAACGGUCUGACAACUCCGACAUCAUUGGCCGAAUCAUCGGGGCCAAAGAUGAUGGUCAGUCAUAGAUGAUCCGCCGGUCCGGCGAACUUGCUACCGAGGUUGACGUAUUUGUGUCCAACAAAACUGUGCAGUGCAAACUCUUACAAUGAUCGUCGAGACUCGAAACAAGCUUCAACGCAUGCUGCCCGGCUCGACUGUGUUUGAGAACACGCCUUUGAUGUUUGAGUUAAUGGGAGCAAUUUCGACGAUAUACAAGUGGGUCUAGGAACUCUUUCGACCUGCGACACAGAGCAGUGCUGACGAGAGGGCCCUACUCAUCGCAGCUCCUCCCUUGGUCUUGCCCUCCGCGGAUCGAUCGCCACCGAUCUCCUCCGCCUAGGCGUCUGUCUCCGCGCCUACCGUCAAUGCGAACGACGCGACCGCAACCAACCCAUACCCGCCCCAUCAGAUCCCUCCAUCCCACCCUACCGCUGCGAAUCCGAUGCCGUCUGGCACCUCAUUUCUCACGCCACCUGGUUCUGCGACUUUUCGCGCCACCUCGCGCAAACCUGUUCUUCCCUACCCGACGACCUUUCCAAACCCCUCGGUCCUCAUUGGGUCUUAUUGCUGCAUCCUUUCCCGCGAGGUCUAAUCAAGUCCAUCGUCGAAGCGAUCUUGGGAUUACAGGCUUUCCUAAGGGGUUUCCCUAUCCAUCAGAAUUUCACGGUCGACAUGGCCAAGAUGGUGUUGGAUGAUGCGGUCGAGUACAAUGGACUGAUCUUGACGGAGUGGAGGAAAGUGCUUGAUGGGUUCGAGGGUGCGGUCAAAGUGGAGCCAGGGACGAUCAAGGAUGCGUUGGUGGAGUUCUCUCUGCCUCCGGGAUCGGUGGAUUCGAGCGUUCUGUCAACCAUCACCACAGCACUUUCGAAUACAUCCCUCUUCCUACCCAGGGGUCUUCCAACCCCAUCUUCCUCAGCGGACCCGACUUCCCCUUCCACGACCUACGACAUCGUACGACGCUGCAAACUCGAUCGAGUCGGUUCAUUCAAGGUCUGUACGAGGUGUGGUGAAAAGGCGGAGAGGAAAGUUGGGAAUGAAACGGGGAAAUGGGCGGCUUAUGAAUUGGGGUGGGAGACGAGGUGUAUGUGUGGUGGGGCUUGGAGGGCGGAGAAAGUGGUGGUGUGA